UCGAGACAUUUUUUUCUCUUAAAUCAAGAAAAUAUUAUGCCCUAUAAAUCGAACGUAAGGACGUUCAGAUUUGGUUUCUAUUUCGUUUGAUUUCCCGCGCGGAGGAGGGGAGGAGGGAGAUCAGCCCUUCCCUCAAUGGAUGCCGCCAUCUUUUCUUUUUUCAGAUCGCUCGCCGCCUUCUGCAAUCACGUAGAGUCCAGCUCCAAAGCCCUCUCCGAUUCCGUUCAGAGGAGUCCGAUUCCGCUUGAUUCGGCGGCUGCCGCUUUCUUGCAGUCACUGGAGCAUCGAAUGUCUACUACAAUUAGCGAUCUUAGUCUGCUAAACUCCAUGGCGUUCGACACAGUCUCCUUUGAGGAGUUGCUCGGUUACUGCAAUGAGGUGUACAAGGCGAAUGAGAAGCACAUUUCUGAAGUUGAGGAUAUUAUGAGGAGCUUUGGAUAUGUUCCUGAUACUGGACCGGAGAACGAAGAAUUUGAGGAGUUUGGUGCGGAUGUGAGGCUUUCCGAUAUAAGCAAGGGCUUUGAUGGAGUGGGUUCUGCUAUGAAGACGCCUUCACUCGAGGAUGAACUAUAUAAUGAUUCCAUUUCUUUGAAAAAUUUUGGGCUUUCAGAAGCAAGUCUUGCUGCUUUAGCUUCUAAAGAUUCUUUGGAUUCAUCAGAAAAUAUGAUUCUAACAGGAGGAGCUUCCAUGAAAGCUGAAAUAAUGAUUUCAGAAGAUGAUUAUGAUAAACUUCCCGCGAUUAUGAAAAAACUAUCUUCAUGGGAGGAAUUACAGGAAGCUGUUAACAGAUUUAAUUCUUACAUUAGUGGGAAUGAUGGAUCUAAUAAAAAUGGCAUAUUCGACCAAGGUGUUCUUGAAAAGUUGGGUCUGGGAAGGAAGGGAAAGACCUAUUUGUUACUUCUCCUUCGAAUGAACAGAUUGCCAUCAGAAUCACUUGAAUGGCUCCACAUCACUUGGUAGCGAAUGCCCAUAAGCUUCAGGUAAUCUUGUAAUGAAAUUUGUGAACCUUCUAAAUUGAUUGCGAAUCAAAUCCUUAAGCAAUAUUGUUUAUUUCUUUUAGCCAGAUUGGUGCAUGCUUUAUGUUUACUUUUUUUAUAAUAUUGACUUUGGAAUAUAAAUUUUAUGCGGGAAUGAGUCUAAA